CUUGAACUCCUUGAACCUGAACUCCUCCUGCCUUACCAGAGCAACCUGCGCUUCAGGACCGUGGGGCCUCGCUGCCGCAGCAAUGGCGAUGGGUGCCGCCUCCUCCCUCUUUAUUUAAGAAGCCCCCCAGGCAGGAGCCCUCACGGUUGGGAGGAGGUGCCUGCCGUGUCCUGCCGAGGAGAGGAGAGCAGAGCAGAGGGCAGGGCGGCGGGGAGCGGCCGGGGCGAGGCCGGGCCGCGGGGGCCGGGCCUGCCCUGCCUUUGUCGGCGCUGCAGCCCGCCGGGUUGUGACUCGAUCCAAGCAUGAGCAAAUGUAAGAAGCCUUGUGUUGACCAGAGUACAAACCUUGAGAAGUUCAGUCCUGAAAUUCUUUCUGAAACAGAGAAGCUCUUUGCAAAGAAAUUCACUUACACAAAGCCAGUGAACAAUGAAUGGCAGCUGCCAGAUCCCAGUGACUGUUUUACAUGCGAUCACAAAGAGUUCAAGUCACUCCUGGCUCUGAAGGACUCAAUGAAUGAAGUGAAGAAUCAGCUGAGUGAUAAGAACCUGGAAGAGUGGCAUCAGCACACCUCACUUACCAAUAAAGCAGGGAAAAUCAUUCCUCACGUUAAGAAAUCCGUGAAUGCUGAGCUGUGCACCCAGGCCUGGUGCAAGUUUCAUGAGAUCCUCUGUAGUUUUCCCCUUCUCCCUGAAGAAGCUCUUCAGGAAGGAGAACUGAAUUCUGUCCACCUCUGUGAAGCACCUGGAGCUUUUAUAGCCAGCCUCAAUCACUACUUGAAAUCCCACCACAUCCCUUGUGACUGGAAUUGGGUAGCCAAUACCCUGAACCCGUAUCAUGAAGCAAAUGACACCCUCACGAUGAUCAUGGAUGACCGUCUCAUAGCAAACACGUUGCCUUGGUGGUACUUUGGCCCAGAUAACACUGGAGAUGUGAUGAUGUUGACACACCUAACUGGGCUUCAGAACUUUGUAAGUAAUAUGGCCACAGUUCACCUUGUAACUGCUGAUGGCAGCUUUGACUGCCAGGGAAAUCCAGGCGAGCAGGAGACUCUUGUCUCACCCCUUCUUUACUGUGAGACAGUCACUGCUUUAAUGAUCCUGGGCGCUGGAGGAUCCUUUGUUUUGAAGAUGUUCACCCUGUUUGAACACUGUUCCACUAAUCUGCUUUUUCUGCUGAGCUGCUCUUUUGAGGAGGUCCACGUCUUUAAGCCAGCCACUAGCAAAGCUGGGAACUCGGAGGCCUAUGUGAUUUGCCUUCGUUAUAUGGGCAGAGAAAGCAUUCAUCUGCUGCUUUCUAAGAUGAUGCAGAACUUUGGAACAGAAAUGGUCAACAAAGCACUUUUCCCCCAGCAUUUGCUGCCAGAGUCUUUUCUUAAAGUACAUGAGGAGUGUUGCCUGUUUUUUCACAAGUACCAGGUGGAGACUAUCUCUGAGAACAUCCGUCUCUUUGAGCGCAUGGAGGAAGCGGAGCAAAUGAAGCUGAACAAGUUGAGAGACUGUGCAGUAGAGUUCUUCAUGCAAAAGCUUCACAUGAAACCCAUUGCCAGAAAUCACUGGCUUGUCAAGAAGUCUCAGACUGGUUGCAGCAUGAAUGCAAAAUGGUUUGGGCAAAGGAGCAGGUAUUUUAGUACGUACAAUGAAAGGAAGAUGCUGGAAACCCUCACGUGGAAUGAUAAGGUAGCAAAGGGCUAUUUCAGUCACUGGGCUGAAGAACAUGUUUUAAGUAAUGCUGGUAAAAUGUGUGUCUUGGAAGGAGCGUCUUCUAACUUGGAAUGUACCCUGUGGUAUGUUUUGGAAGGAAAAAGGCUGCCCAUGGUCAAAUGUUCUCCGUUUUGUGAUGGCCAAGUCUUGGAGAAUCUUAAUGAAGCUCUGAAGGAAUUGGUGGGGGGGAAGCUGAAAAGCAGCUGGAUGUUGCAGAAUUGUCCCUCGUGCGAAAUUCUUCCUGGGGAACUGAUAUUGGCAGAAGUGUCUGAUCUUUCCAGGUGCCAUCAGGAAGCCUUAAAUGAAAAUUGUAGUGGACAAUUCAAGUGCCUUGUGGUGGCUUUACCAUCCCUCUGUGGCAGUGGAAGCCAACCCAAUAUGGAAAUAAAGCUCCUGGACUCAGCCACGCUGCUGACUUUCGGCUUCUCUUUGCUUUAUGACGGAGAACCAAAGUACCAGCAGCAGCUGUUGGAGUGUGUUCUGCAUUCCUUGAAUGAGCUUACAAUGGGAGAUACAUUAAUUUUGCCUGUUCUUUCUUGCUUUACACGCUUCACAGCUGGGCUGGUCUUCAUACUGCAUUGCUGUUUCAGAUACGUGACGUUUGCUUGUCCGACCUCCCAGGAGCCCCUAAGGACUGGUGCUGCUUUGCUGUGUGUUGGUUACCGAGGCCUGCCAAAUCCUGUUGUGGAAUAUCUGCAGCAGCUGAAUAAACUAAUGAGCUCUUUACUAGACACAGACUCUCCUCAUCAAGUUUUGCAGUUUGUGCCUAUGGAGGUUCUCCUCCAGAGCAAGCUGUUGGAGUUCUUGUGGGAUUUGAACACAACCAUUGCAAAGAGACAGCUCCACUUGAUUGUGCAAGCCAAGCAACUGCACACAGCUGGCAAUAUUUCCCUUUAGUGUAAUUCUAGCAAGGAACAGGUUGUUGCUGCUGUUAGACCUUGUUUCACAGGCAGGUAGAAGCUGUUAAACAUUGUUCAUGUGAAGAUAAUGUUACUGUAAAGCCUUGGUGUGACAUUGAUAGCUUAAAGCAUCCCCCCAAUGUUACCAAUCCCUCUUUCACUGUAUUGGCCUGUCAGAUUGACCCGAGGCUCUGAUCUCAGAUGGUGGAGACUUGGGAGGGGCAGUGACUGAAGUGGAGAAACUCUCCUCUGUUACAGUGUGCUUUGAGCAAGUUUGUGCAUACCACCUGGGUCAGAACUGUUGCUGUCAUGAUGAGAGGUGGUGUGGGGAUUUAUUUUAGGUGUUGCAUCAGGCCAGACCUUGGGGCACUCUAUUGUGUGCCAUCAGCCCACUUCUGUGGAGCAAAGUGUGGGAGUUAUGUAUCACCUACAUAUUUGGCAGUGUGUUGAAUCCAAAAGGUGAUGUUUGGGCUGCAACACCCUGCAGUGUGCAAGCCUGAUGUAAGACUUGAGGGAUGAGUGUCUUGUCAGGAGGCAGCUGUGUCCCAAAGACUGUGUUAAAAAUGACUGCCUGUGAGCAGUAGCAGGGGUGUCCAGGGAAGGAUGCUCUCUACUUUGCCUUUUGUUCAUGCACAGAGUAUCAGGCUGUGCGUGGUUUUUGAUGAGUUCUUGUGUGGCUUUGUCUCACCAUCAAAGGAUGGGCUGUAAUUUAUUUUUGCUUGGCUUAUGGGUCUCACUUGUAAUGAUUUGAGACUUUUGAAUAGGAAUGAAGAGUUGCAUCUGUCUCUGGCAGCAACUAUUAAUGAGAAACUGCAAAUGUGGGGGAUUUUUUUCAGGCCAAAAAUAGGAUCAUGUGCAGAUUUGUGUAUCCAGAAAUGCUUUGGGUACCACUGGAGGAGCACGAAGCUGAAGAAACAUACAAUAACUUUCUUUAGGAAAGUAUGAUUAAGAUUCCACUUGGUUCCCCUUUAAGGAUCCCUUAGGGACUCAAAUUUUAUUUUUCAUAUUGCUCCUUUGGGAGCUGAGUUUUGAGGCUCAACUUGUCAUUAUUCAUGUUUGCUUCUAAGUUUGUGGUAUACAUGGAAUAAACCUGCUCAGAGAGAGAAAUGAUACCUAAAGGAAAAAUGGUUUUGCUGUUGAUAGGUGCAAGAUCUCAUAGAAAAAGAUUUAAAGAGGGGAGUUAGUAAGAAGGAAAAUGUAGUCUCCUGAUGAAUUACCAGUCACUUUCUGGAAGCACUCCUAAUUGUAUAAUGUGGGAGCAUGAAGGAUAAUUGAUGACUGGUAAGGGAUUAAAAGCUCUGCUGAAAAACUGUUUUGUCUGGAGGUGCUGUACAUAUAAUAGCCUUUCUUGCCAUGUUGAUUGGGGCAGGGUGUAAUGCCUCUACCACUUCAUUGUUUAUUUAUGAACUAGAUAGGUGGAUGAGUUGGUGGCUCAGGUGUAAUUCAUAAAUGUUAUCUUAAAAUCCUGCCUUUUAUGCUUCCACAUAAAAUAGAAGCUGCCUAACAAUGGUCAUUGUCCAUUUCCAUUUAAAUGAACUCGCUUUUUGUGCUGUGAGCUGUCAUGCUUCCUCCCUGACCAAGAAGGACGGGAGCAGAGAGGCUCCAGACUGUGAGAUGUGUGCAGUAAGAGCAUCUCCUGUAAGUCAUUUUCUCAACCUGUAAACCCAGAGUGCAAGCAGGGUCACAGAUGGAUUUCACUGCAGAAGAAAAAUGCUGGAGAAGAAAAUAAGGAAGCGGGGAAGAAAUAUUGCAGGUGGAUGAUGAGACAGUAUCAAAGAUCACCUAUUAAAGCCUUCUUUAUCUGAAACAAAAUGCUGGUUUAAGGCAUUGUCCACCAAAGACACUCCUGUGUUUCUGCCACUGCCUCAGAGGUGAUGAAUGCUUCUGAAAUUCCUGCUGAGCUGAACCAUUUGGGAAGAUGCCUCUUACAGCUGGGGUACACCAGAGGUUCUCAGUGUGUGGGUGUGCUUACACUGUGGUAUUCUGUCGUGGAGGCAUGAGUACCCAGAAGCAUCCCAUCUAGGAGGUACUUAAAUAACUUGGGGUUUUUGUCUUGUUAAUGUUACUGCAAUAUUUCUCAGCAGGUAUUUUACAGGUAAAAUCCUGAGGUGACUGACUGAUGAUGAGAGCAAAUACAUUUGUUUUUUCAGGUUUUCCUCAAUCUGUUCUGUGCAUCUGCCAAACUGUGCAGACUUCCUUGGGACUGCUCCCAUCCCACCCUUCCCUGCCUCAUCCCCCUUUUUCCUAAAUUGUUAGGAGAAAACAUUGUAGGUGAUCACAGAGCUUUGGGAGAGUUUAGACUGUAUAUCCAAAGUGUGAUCUGUCAGUUUGGAAGUACCCCCACAAAAAUACAUGCAGGCCCUCUUGGGGAAAGCCAGGUUUGUGAACUGAAGGAGAUUUCAUGGCCUAUGGAUCCCAAAGCCUGGUUUGCUCUGGAACUAUUUUGUUGGCAGACAUAGGGAGCUGACAGGAGACAGGCUUUGACAGCAGCUGCUCCUUCUGUUAAAAGAAAGGCUUCUAAAAAUGAUUGCUGUCCAAAUGGCAGGAAUUUCAAAGUUAGGAGUGACAACCUUUUGAUUGUGAGAAUCUUGCAUUGUCCUAGAUGUCCUAGACCAAAGACUUCUGAGAGGAGUGACACUUAAUUUCUGUUGUAGUGGUUGGAAUGUGUAAGAAUUCAGGGGAAGACUAUAUUAAUCUUUGUGGAGAGCAUCUGCUGACUCCUGCCUUUACCAAGGCUGUCAGGUUUUGGCCAAUUUGAUUUCAUUUUGGGUUGACACCUCAUGAAGUCUCUCAGUAUCCUAGCUGCUCUUAAGGUUCUUUCCUCUUAAGGUAGAAAAAAAACCCCAAUGUUAAGAUAAACUGGGUGUUGUUUUUCAUAAUUAGGAGCUUCAGGUUUCACACAGGGGAAAGCAGAGGAGCUGGAGAGAAGAAGAUGGUCAUGAUGUGAUCAAGAUUCAGUUUAGUUUUUCAGCCCUGCUGUUGCAGGCUUCCAAUGAAGGACUGAUAGGCCCAGUAAUGAGUCAUGAGCUGCAUUAUUUUUCUGAAACUUCUUAGAUCUUCUGUUUUAAGACAGCAUAACACUUUGAAAGUAUUGGAUGAAUUGGAUACUCUGCUAAGUGAAAAUGAUGAUUUUUUUGUUCUCUGAAGUUGAGUUCCAUUCAAGUGAAGAGACCUGCUGCUUAUUUUUGCUAAUUUUGUAUUGUAUUUGGAUUCAUUUGGAUGUUCACUCUUUGUAUAUGUUCUUGCCACUGCCUUUCCAAUUUAAUUUAAACAAAAUGUAAUGACAUUUAUAGUCUGAAAUCUGGUACCCUAUUAAA